AUGUCCGUGGAUGAUAUCCCUUACAACCCUAACGCUUCCACCAACUACUGGAAAAAGCCGAAGAAAAGGAAGAGGAGAACAUAUCAGAGCCAAUUUCUGUCCUUAGAGUCACCUUCUUCCCCUCCUUCUGCACUUCCACUUCCACAUCCCAAACCAUCACUCCUCUUCUACUCCUUGUCAAAUCUCCCUAAGACUCCACAACCACGACCACAACCACUAACCACCGCCACCUCUCCCACCUUCCCCGAAAACAGCCUCCCGGACAGCCGCCCCACCGGCGGCCGCAAGAACAGCACCAGCAUAGACCACCCAGAGGACGAGCUGGACUCCUCCGCCCCUUCUGCAGCCGAGAACCUCCCGACGGACCCCCCUGCCGCUGCCGCCCCCGCCACCAACACCAUAUCCCAGGGCCUGGUGCCGAACAGCGGGAUGAAGGCGCCCGGGCCCACGCAGGAGGAGGACGGCAAGGAGAGUCUCCGGAUCCGGAUCCAUUUGAAUCUCCACGCGAAAGUCAAGUUGGAGUUGGAUGCGCAGCUGUAUGGGGAUAUUGUGAUUGGGCUGUUGUGA